GCGGCACUUUCUAACUUGCAUUCGUGAGAAAUUUUCUCUCGUCUUCAGCAGCACACACUUCAUUUGUCGGAUUUUUUUGUGAAAAUAAUUGUCAUUUUUCAUUGAAAAUUUCAAUUAUUUAUUAAUAAUUUUGUGAUAUUUCUACUAAUUAAACUGUGUUUCGAAGAAAUUCAGCAAAAAUUCCUAGGAAUUUCAAGGAAAUAUUCACGAAAAUCAAGCUGGAAAAAAUUGGCAAAUAGGUAAUUUUUUUGUGUUCGUCUACAACAACUACAAUUUGAAUUAACGAAGUCAUUGUAUGAAGAAAAAAGGCUUUGUGUUUCAUUAAAUAGAAAAGUGUGUGUGUGUUUUUAACAUAUAUAAUAUAUAACCCCCAAAAAUCUUUUGAAAAUAAUUUCACUCGUGUUUUUUUGUGUGCAAAUUCUCCAACAAAAAAGGGUAAAAAAUUUAAGAGUUUUUUAAGUUUUCGUUUAAAGAAAAGAGAGAAAAAAACAGCAGUUUGUGUAUUUUAAGAGCAAGAUUUAAUUGAAACGGAAAAAAGUGACAACGCAACAAAAUAAAGAAGAAAGAAAGCAAGCAACAAAAACAACCAGCUGAACAAAACGAACGAAUUUAAGUAAAGUGAAAAAUAAAACAAUAAAACAAAUAUUGGACAACAAAUUCGAAAGGAAAACAAAAACAAAAAGUUUCCGUCUUAAUUAAAAGCGAGAGAAAACUACAGCUUUGCAAAAAAAAUGGAGAUUACACCAGGACGUGCCAUGUACAGUCCAGAUGAGGAACUUAAACCCUUAAGGCCUCCAAAAACAUAUCAUCCUGAAGCAGCUGCACCAUCUUCUAGACUUUCUGUCUAUGCGGUUGAAUUUGUGCCACGUUACGGAAAUGUUAUGCCACAUAAUGUACAAGAACGCUUACAGAAACAUCAGAGGCAGUAUAUACAAAAAAACUAUCAACAAUACCAACAGCCACAACAACAACAGCAGCCAGCAUCAUACCAACAACAACAACAACAGCAGCAAUCCUAUUCCAAUGGUUAUGGUAAUCAACAGCAACAACAAUAUCAACAAUCUACACAAAAUAUGAAUGCUCAAAUGGGCUCUAUGAAUAUUUCAACUGUUCAGGAUCGUUUACGUAACAGUAAUAAUGGUGGAGGACGUGGUGGUGGUGGUGGUAGUGGCUAUUAUCAACAGCAACGUGCCAGUGGUAGUGGUCAACAACAGGAUUAUCAUCAACAAAAUAAUCAUUAUCGUUAUAAUAAAAAUCAUCACAAUCAACAGCAGCAACCUCAUCAUCAUCACCAUAAUCAAAAUCGUUACAGUAAUAAUCAUCACUAUCAACAGCAGCAACAACAACAGCAGCAACAAUACCAGCAACAGUCGAAUGCCUCGGCUGUAGCUGAAAGUGCCAAUGAUAUGGAAAACAUUGCUUUGGAUUAUUUACAAACUGUGAUUCAAUGUCUUAAUCAAAAUCCUGGCCAAUUCGAUAGCAUUGCCACACGUUUCAUUACCAUUUUCGAUGGCAUGGAGAAUAACCACUAUGUUUUAUCCAUAGCCAUGGAGGAUAUAUUUGAUGAAUCUAUUAAAAAUCCCAAUUUCCGUUAUAUGGGUGCUAAACUGUAUAAUCUAUUGCACAUGUUAAAUCCCAGCAAGGAUUCUUUAUUUCAUACAUUGCUCAAAUUCAAACUUGAUUUUCAUCAGCAACAAGUGCGCGAAUAUAUGCAGAAUAAACAAGAAGCCAAGGUACGUGAAACUGCCUUAUUUCUGGCGGAACUUUAUAUGCAGCUAAGAGGUGAUGAUUCACGCAUCUAUCUCAUUGCUGAGAAUAUUGUAUUCUCAUUGAAAGAAUUACUUUCUAUGGAGGAUAAUAAGGAUAAUAUACGUUGCAUUUGUUUGACUUUGAAAUUGGCCGGCUAUGAUUUGACGGCAGAUUGUGCUGCAGAAAUGAAAGAUAUUAUUGCUAAACUGGAUGCCAUUAAUUGUCAAAAUCCAGGCAAAUAUCCUUUAGCCAAUAAUGUAAUUUCUCUGCAAAAGAACAAUUGGGGACGCAAAGCCAUAGGAGCUGAUUCUCUGGGCGAUCCUGAAACAUCAAAACUUCCACAGCCACUGCGUGACAGUGAUGAUCCGGUAUUCUAUGGUCCCGAUGGACGUGAAAUCACCGCCGAAGAAUGUGAAUUCUUAACUAAUGGAGCUGCCGGCACAGCCGCCUCUUCAGACAAUGAGGAUGAUAAUGAUGAUGUUGAUUUAGAUCCCGAAAUGGAUGAGGAGACUGAAAGAGAUUUUAAACUAUUUCUUAAACAAGCUAAUAACAAAUCAUAGGUUAUACAACCAAUAAACAUUUAAAACGAAUCAUCAUCAACAAACCAACCAACCACUAAACGAAAUGAAGAACCACAACAACAACAACAACAUAUUUUUAUCAUAUAAAGAAAACAAAAAAACUAAAUAUAAAAUAAAACCUAUAAAAAAACAAAACAAAACUAAAUGCUGAAAUUACAGUUUGCUUUCAAAAUAUGCUUAAAAGCACGAAAAAUUGUGAUGUUUAUAUAGUCUGCCGUAAAACAGAAAAAAAAUUUUUUAAACUUAAAUUUAUAAUAAUGUGAUAUAUAUUUUUCUCUAUUCUAACUAUUGUUUUGUUAGCAACAUUAUCAAGAUUAUCAAGAAAAAAAAAAGCAAAAUCGAAU